AUCUGGGAGUUUUGUAUUCGGGAAAAAAAUGAUAUGAAUCGACUCUAUGAUGUAGCAUUAUCUUUCUUUCGGCCUGAACAAAAGGACUCGAAUCUUAGUGAGUAUUUUGCUUCUUUCAAGAGCAUUUAUGAAGAGUUUAAUACUUUGAUGUCUUUAGAUUUAGAUCUGGAAAAGAGGAGACAACAACGAGAGAAGUUGGCUAUCAUUGCCUUCCUUAGUGGGAUGAGGUCUGAGUAUGAUUCUGCACGUUCCCAGAUUCUUGCUAGUGGCGAGACCUCCCUUACAGAAGCUUUUUCGCGGGCUAACCGUUCGGUUAGGCCUACCUCUUUCAACCCCGAUCUCUCUGAGAGGUCUGGAUUAGUUGGUCAUGCUUCUUAUGAUGCUGGUGGUAGCCGUGGGGGUCGUGGUGGCCGUGGGGGUCGUGGUCGUCGUAGUGGUCGGGGUUUAGAUGGUAAAUUUACAUGUUAUCAUUGUGGGGGAGUGGGUCACACUCGUGACAGGUGCUGGAAGUUGCAUGGCAAACCACCACAGGUUCGCUCUGCAAAUGUAGUUUCUGGAAUGGAUAUGGGCAUCCAAGAUUUGAGUAUUAAUUCUGAGUCCCCAAGUGAGGGACGAGUGAGUUUGUCUGCGGCUGAAUAUUCUCAUCUUAUGAGUCAGAUAUCUACUUCUGCUCCCGCUACUACGUCUGCUACUACGAAUGCUUCGGCAUUCAUGUCAGUUUCUCCUCAUACGUGGGUGAUUGAUUCUGGCGCUUCCGAUCACAUGACUGGGAACACAGGACCGGUCUACGAAGCAGAUGAUUGGUAGAGGUUCUCUUACUUCCGGGGGAUUGUACGUCUUGGAUGUUAGACCUUCUUCCUUGUUCGUGUCAAGUCCUUCUUCUCCUAUGGAGCUUCACAAUCGUCUUGGUCAUCCUGCUCUUCCUAGUUUAAAGCUUAUGUGC